AGGAGAGAAGACAGGAUCAUGUGGCUGCUUGCUGCUCUGCUCCUCUUCCUCGCAAGCUGCUCCAUUGCUCAGGAUGCAAUCAUAGGUCCAAACAUGGUGAGCGGUCAGGAGCAGGGCUCCUUGACUGUGCAGUGCCCUUAUGACUCCUCCUGGAAGAAUUACCAGAAGUACUGGUGCCAAGGAACUGAUUGGAAAACAUGUGAGAUUCUGGUUAAAACGGAUAUGGAGCAGUUGGUGAAGAAGGACCGUGUGUCCAUCAGGGACAACCAGACAGACUUCAUCGUGACAGUGACCAUGGAGGAGCUGAGGAUAAGCGAUACUGACAUUUACUGGUGUGCAAUUGAGAGAUUUGCAUCGGAUCCGAAAUUUAAAGUUAAUAUAACUAUUGACCUAGCCCCAGAAACUUCAACUGUAAUAUUAACAACCAUGGCUCCAGUUCUGACAUCCGCACCGUCAACCAGGGAGAGCAUUGCCAACCAUGGAGAGAUUCAAACCAGCACCCUCACCUGGUUCGUGAUGAGCAGCAUCUACUUCAACUUCCUGGUCUUUCUGGAGCUGCCUCUGAUCCUGAGCAUGCUCAGUGCUGUCCUCUAGGUGAACAGACCUCAGAGGUGCUCUGGGGAAGAGGAGGCUGAAAACUUCAGUGGCAAAUGCUCAGGUAGAAAACAGUUGUUCCCAGCUCUCCAGCCUCAGCUGAGUGCCACGCCCACAACAUGGAGUCUUCUCAUCCACUCAGGCUCUGAUGCCCACAGCCCUAACUCACGCUUAGCACUUUGUGUGGGAAGAGACCCCCGUGUUGGCAUCUUCUCCUUGACAACAUGGGUUGGACCUCUAGGGAGUCUGCCUUUGUCAAGAGGAGGCUUUUCAUUUGUUUCAGUGGUGUGGCUGCUGGUCUCCAAGGCCACAGAAGUACUACCUGGGGGCCGAAAAGGAGAAGAACUGGUGGCAGCUACAGGUCCUGCCUCCCACUCAUGGCUUCCUUUGUCUACAAACAGCCGUCUCUCCAGACCUCAGCAAAGAUCAUCCACAGCCUAUCUGAUUCACCUUGGAAUCUUGUCCUAA